AUACUCUCUUGUGUUUAUUUGUACGUAUGAGCAUCGCCUACAAACAGCGGAGUAUAGUGAAAAGAAAACCACCACCACCGUGCAUGGCAGCGUAGUUCUUCUUGUGUGGAGUUUUUUUAUUUUUAUAAUAUUGGGUUGUCUUCUCUUGCUGGCAAUUGUGUGAACGAUUUUACGUUUGAUGAUGGCAAAGUAAAAAUUCGAAGUUGCUCUAGCUAUCAGUACGUCAAGAGCGUUCAGCGAGUACAAAUCAUUCGUUUACAAUCUACUAGUGAACAGUCAAACGUAUGUAUUUCGUUUGCAGUGAGUGUUGUGCAUAGAUUUUCGGACGUACUCGAAUUGAAAAAAUACUAAAUUCAUAUUUAAAUAUAUAAACGAAUACACAAAUUUGUGUUAUUCAAUCAAAUUUUGAAGGAAAACUUGUUUGGAAACCUUAUUGAAGUGCUUGAAAAGCUUUUGGUUAUAUUGACAAAGCCCAAAAGCAACGAGUAAACUUUUGACAUUUCGUGUUGUUGCUUUUUGAGUGUAGCGCACGUAAAUAAGAGCGAAAAGAGACGAAUUGGAGCUGCCGUGCAACUUGAACAAAAACCUGCGUAGUGGGGGCGAUUUAUUGAAUAUAUUGAACAAUUCCAUUUUUAUAAGUGACAAUUUUAAUAAACAAUCGAGUAAGUUGCGAAACAAAAAUAAAUAAUUAUUAGGCAAACACCACAAAACUCAAGUGCCAACUGCUGCGGCCACCAGUGGGUGCAGGUUAGGUGGAGCAGGCUGCAACGAAACUGUACCCCAAAGUGAUUUGCACCACUUGAACACUGCUGUGUAGUGUAGUGUGUGUGGAAGAAUCAUUGUAUAAAAAACAAAAGUGGGGAAAUCAACAAGUUUUGGCGCGAAAACUUUUGACAAGUCCAAGUCUUUUGGUAUUGGAGACUGAAAAGCAGCAACAAACACAACGUGAUUGAGGGAAUCGAUGAAAAACACUGCUCGAAUAAAACGUCAUUGGCUAAGUGUUUAGUAGGAACAAUUUUAUUUUAUUUUGAGUCGCUGUGCAUAAUUAAUACAAAAAAAAAAAAACAGCAAACAAAAAGUGUUAAUUUCAAGGUUAAGUGUUGUUGCAAGCUUUUGUUGGCGUAAUAAAUAAACGCUUCAAGCAAAAAAAAACAAAAAAAAAAAAACAAGGCAAUAGAAUUGCAGAGACAAAGACCUUAGACAAUUGGAGGUGCAAGUAAUUAAAUUUCAGCCACGCAAUUUGAAUUUGUUUAUUAAGCGAAUUUCAUAAAGUACCUUAAGAGAUGACCGCUGCACGUGUCCUAAAUCCAGUAGUUUUGGCCGAAUUCUGUAAACUGCGCGGCAGUCCAACCACAAUGGGACGCAAUUUGACUUGUAAUCGUCAAUUGAAUCGCAUAAAGCGUGAUCUCUUUGGACCAGCAAACCCAGUGGAAACAAAAAAAGAAUUCGCUGAGGAACUGGAUAAACAUCAAGAGCGCGCUAUUAAAAAAUGGGGUUUUGACUUCCGAAACGGUUUGCCGCUGCCCUCGAAUACACAAUUCGUUUGGGAGCGUAUCUCCUAUCAGGAAUCCACACACGCACCCGAAGUCUAUACGCUAACACGCGCCGCGCAUGUACGUCCCGCUCCCGUGGUGCCGUGCAGCGCCGAUUUGCUCAUGGACGAACGUGCAGAACGUGAAAAUUAUAUGAUGAACACAUCCACAUCGACCGACACAGAUUCCUGCGGGGACUAUGACUCACAGGAUGAGUCGUUAGUAUUUAAAGUACCGAAUACAGAGCGCUGUGGUGGUAGUAAGCGUGCGCAUGAUGAUAGUGCUGCUGGCAGAUUGUCAUUGCGCAAGCGACAACCGAAGAUUACAGAAUACAUGAAGGAGCGCAAACGUCUUGCCCAGACACCGAAAAAGGUUUCACCCGCCAAGCGUACGCGCACCAGCUCGGGCAGCAGCAGCAGCCAAAGUCACAGCGCGCAAGCGUACAGCAUCAGUGCGCAUUUUUCGCUGCAACGAAAUCAUCUACAACGCAAUAAUUAAUGCAAUAUGACAUUGUUGCGAAUUUCCCAAACAGAAACCGAUAUAAAUACAUACAGAUAUAAAUGAUUAGUAUAUAAUUAACUAUAUACAAACGCACAUACAAAUGUUGUAUACUUAGUUUUAGCUACAACAAUAGGCUUAGUUACGCACAAACGCAUUAAUAUAUAUAUUUUAGUGCAUAUAUAUUUAAUUGCGUGAACUCUUUAGUCGCUAGUUGUGUUCUAUUUGAUAAUUGUCCAUUGACAACCAACUUAAAAACGCCAUAAAACGUAAGUGAUCAGCUGCUGAAAAGUAAAAAAUUUAAAAAUUCAAAAUCAGAUAUUUUAAAGGUCGAAUCUGUGGAAGUUGGCACUAUCGCUUUCAUACAUUUUUUUUCUACGUUAAGGUUUUUUCCUUUUUUAAAUUAAUAACUAUGCAGGUUCACAAGCAACCCUAAAAAGCAACUUAAACGGAAAUAUUUUCUUAAUAUGCAUAAAUUAGAUUUACAUUUACGCCAGGAAUAACAAAUAUAAUUGAAAUAUUAUCAAUACAAUCCCCCCCUUACACAUACAUACAUAUGUAGAUGUACAAGUUUUGUAAGACGAACAAAAAUAUCAGCAAACAAAGAACUAUUUAAAAUUGAAGAGAAUAAUUUAAAAAAAAUUAUUAUAUAUUUUAUAAUUUUAUAUUGUAUUAAGUUAAGUGUUAAGUUGUAAGAAAAGUGCUGAACCCAUUUAAGUGUACACACUGUAAAGCAUCAGAUCAUCGUAAACAAACUCAAAUUUAUUUGUAUGCAUACACAACCACCUGCAUUUUACACGUAAUUGAAUUAACAACUGCAACGGCGCCGCGAAUAAGGUUGUUAGCGACAAAAUUACAAUGCUCGGAAAUAGAAAAUUAGAAGAAGAAAAAUUUGGAUUAUACCUGUAAAUAUCAAGGCGAAUCUAUUAAGGGUGGUAUUGGCAAAUCAGUUGAUUUGGUUUGUUUUCUUUCGCCAUGUCCAUGUGGCUGUCAGGCCAAAAUUAAUGAAGGCGAAUUCAUUGUUUUGUUUUCUAAAGGGGUUUUUAAUACGAAGUGUUAUUUUGAUAUUCAAAGAAAAAUGCUAUUUUUUAAUAUAAUUGAUCGGAUAUUUAUUUCCGUAUAAAGAGGAAGGUAUGCCGUUAAUAGUGGAAAAUAACAUCAAGCAAAUGACCACCACGACCACGCUUAUCCUUUUCAUGAAAUUUUCCAUAACCGAAUUGCAAAGGCUGCCUUAUGUCCUCGAUAGUCUCACGAAUUGCAUCUUUGAGGUCUUGAAUCGACCCUGGGCUGUUGGUGUGUUGGCGUAGACCUUUUCUUUCACGUGGCCCCAAAGAAAAACGUCACAAGGGGUUACAUGGGUUUCGUCGGGUGAAAAAGGGUCUAUUUUCAAUAUUUUUUUUUUAUGUAACAAAUUAUUUAUUUAAUGCAAACAUUUUUCUGUCUUAUAGAUACACAUUUAAAGAAUAAUUUUUAAAAUUUUCAAAAAACAAAAAGUUAAAACUCCUCCAUUGUAACGUCAUUUCCGGUGACCCCUCGAAAAAAAAGGUGCGUCCGCGUUGUCAGCGUUACUCCUGACAGGAUCAUCAAAAAUGAAAAAACAAAAAUAAGUGUUUUAGUUAAGAUCAUAAACUCGUGCUUGAACGAAGGAAAGAAAAAAAGUAGAAAUUGGAAUUUUGGGAGACAUUUUUCCAAAAACAUGAACAUUUCGGUCAAAUUUGCUUGACAUUUUGUUUUUUUUUAAAUAGCUGUAAUUGAAAAAAAAAAAAUCCUUCAUUCAAGCACGAGUAAAUUGUAUCUCGAACACUUGUGUAAAAUUUCAUCAAGAUCGGUUCAGUAGUAUUCGAAAACAUUUGACAACCGACUUUGAAAACACGGUUCCGAGAAAAACGCGUUUACAGUUUUGAGUAACAAUAAAAGUGGCUUGGAGCGCACACCUUCCAAAGGCUGUAUCUCCGAGACUAUUAUUCGGAUCGACUUGAAAAUUUAGGAUAAUGUUCUUGAGAUGUUGUAGAAAUUAAUAAGCCAAAAAAUCGAUUUUUUGAACCCACGAAACUCAUGUAACCCCUUAAAUCACAAGAUUUCGGUGGCCAAUUGUAAUCACCUCUUCGAGAGAUAACACGGUCCGGAAACUUUUCCCGUAAAAGAUCAAUGGUUUCGUUGCUUGUGUGGCACGUAGUGACGUCUUGUUGAAAAUAAACGUUGUCCAGAUCAAUACCAUACAAUGCCGGCCAUAAAAAGCGUUGAUCAUCUCUCGAUAGCGCAAUCCAUUCACCUGUAACACCUGUUAUUGGGAAAACCCUUUACCUUUCCAAUACUUUGCCGUGAUAAUCAAACGUACAAAAACAUUAUUUUUGGUCUAGUACCACCACCUUUAAUAAAUGCGCCUUGAUAAAUAUUUUUAAGAAAAAUGUAAAAUUAGAAAUAGACAAAUUUUUUUAAUGAAGCACAUAAAGUCAUUUAAAAUAUAUCAGGUUCGGGCAUAAAAUAUUUAAUGCAAUGGGCGGUAAAUGACUAAUGCAACAAGUGGUUAGGUAAAACACUGAAAAACUGAAUAAGAAACCUUUACUUUAACUGCAAAAAAAAGUUAGUGGUAAUUUAGUAGUAGCGCAAAAUGCCCAAACCUCAAAAUAUAUACAUCUUAAUAAGGCCUCUUCUUUUCGCCAAGCGCUGCCAAGUGAUGAAUAGAUGAAGCAACUGAGCAACUGAGUUAUACCAGUCUAAUGAGUUGUAGCCAUACUCGCUAGCGGCGGAUCUUGCUCGAUAACUUUGUUGUUGCUUUCGCAUGCAAAUUUUUCGUUAAUCGAGCUGGGAAAUGGCGAAGAGAAGAGGCCAAUACACAACUUUCAUGCUGAAAAAAAAACAAUUCACAAAUUUUAUUAAUGACAAAAAAUGUAUAUCCAAAAAAACAAUGAAUCCAAACACGCUGAUUGUCGCUUAUUCGUGGCGCCCAUGCAACUAUUGCAUAUUUACACAUUUAACUUAGCUGCAUAAUUUCAUAAACUAUCAUGAGCUUUGUAAUAAUGUAAGACUAAAAAAUUUCAUACAAUAACGCGCUUUCUAAAACACCAAAAUGCGCAAUGCCGAAAAUGCAGAAUCUCUGCUAUUUGGUGUUUUAAAAAUUGCGUUAUAAACUGUCAAUUUUGUAGAAAAAAAAACUGAUGAGCACAACAAUCGCUGUCGCGCAUAGUUUAACUGUAUAAGUGCAUUUACAUUCAGCACCUUCGCAAAAUUUACCGAUUUUUUAGCAACUAUACAAACAAAAAACGCUAACUUUCGCGAAGGUAUUGUUCUUUCGUUAAAACCACAAGCGCCCAGAAAGUUCAUAUAUAUAUAGAACGUAAAGGUACCUGUCAAGGCGUCUACCUUUGCAAGGUGAUGCCAUUCGUGCAACAACAAAAAAUUUUAAAUUAUAAAUGUCCAGCCGAAAGCGAAUAGAAGAAUGGAAUGCAUGAUAAGUAGAUAAAAUUAUAGACCCGUCACAAUGUGUCCGUUCCGCCCGUUGCGGCAACGAAUUUGACAGUAACAGCAAAAUAAAUUUUGUGUAUUUGGGCCCAAAGUGCCACAUACGUGGCGUACGCCAUGCCGAAAUGCAUUGGCAACUUUCUACUUAACGCCGUACGGCAAGUGCGGCGAAUUUGACAACUGUUUAAAGAAAAACAAUUUUGCAACACGCAAAUUUUUAUCGAUAGUGUUUUUCAUUAUAUCAAAUAAUUAAAUGCAGAAUCAUAAUGGAAUUUAAAUGAAUUGAAUCUAUUCAAAUGCACCCUUAUCGUUUCGAUAAAAGCUUAAAAGAGUAGAGAAAAUCAAGUAGUCCUGCAAAAUGAUUCCCGAUUCCGUACUUAAGAGCGCAUCCACCGCCUACGACUGCCAUAAAUUCUAUUAAAACCCUCUUUCGCUUCAAAUAAGCAUUAAUUUUUUAAUAUAUUUCACAAGCAACAAAAACCUUUUUAUACAGCACGAAAUAUGGUAUUUGCUUUCACGAAAAGAACAUCUGCUGCUUUUUUAUAUGCGGCAAUAUUUUCAAUGUGGCACCACAGUACGUCGUUUACACGUCACGUCAGUCAAAUGUGUUGCCGCAACGAAUUGAAGCAGAGUAAAUCAACUAUUCUAAUCACACCACCUUCUAUAGAUACGCCUUGAUACUACGGCGGAUUGAGAACCAUAGGUGGCGCGUUGCCUAAACGUUGUUUUAUUUUUCGCGCUUUUGACAAGUCUGACGUCAGCUCCCUUCGCAAUACAAAACAAAGGAGGAGAAAUUACAUGUUUGUGAAAAUUUAGUGAGUGGUUUGGUUAUGUUGUGAUUUAUGAGAUUAAAACUAAAAUAUAAAGCCUCCAAAUGCAGUUUGUUUGAGUUUUGAUGCGAAAGACGCCACAUAAUUUCUUGUGUUUGGUUGUUUCCAUUGCUUUCGCCUACUAUUCCUCUUUACAAACAAGUAAUUCCUCUUCAUUUUGUUUGCUUAUUCAUGGGCUCUUACGACACAGCGAAUUCGGAAGGCGUAACCAUGUACUCUAUCAUCCUGGCCUUCGUGCCUUUGUUAUUUUGCUAAACAAUGCGUGAUGCGCGAUUUUCUUAAUCAAUAAUCAAUUUUCUUAAUCAUUUCAUAAAAAUCAUUUAACACAUAUUCCUUAAACGAAGUACAAACAAUUUCGAAACUAGUUUAUAUCUGCAUAUUUUGAGCCCAUAUUAUCAAUGAUGGUUCAUCAUUACAGCCUCUAUAAAAAAAAAAAUGAAAAAAAAACGAAAACUCUUAGUGAUUAUAGAGAAUUUUUUUCGAUUAAAAAUAAAAAUAAAUUCGUGCUAUAACUCAUAUUUUCUGCCCAGUGUGCGGCCUCAGUGCAAAUUCAUCUAAAUAUUAGCCAGAAGCAGACUCUUUUUUGUUCUUAAACAAAACGAAAUUUAAUUUGCUUGCUGUCGCCCCGCUUUUGCAUGCUGCCGCCUGCAUUUUAAAAGCUCACCGCUACACCUUUGUAAUAUUUGUUAUGUCUUCGUAUAAAAGAUUUCGCGUAAUAAUUUCAUAGAUUGCAUAUGCGAUUUAAAGGCUUGAGGAAAAUCACACGCCUCUCCAACAUUGGCCAGGUUGCAGCUGCUGUUUCUCAACCGGACCUGCUGCGCCUGUGCCGUUGUUAGAGAAGCGUCUUGAUUUUGAAAUGCUUUAGCAAUCACUUAUGAAUGUAAUUUUGUAUUUACUUUUAUGCACAAGAUGAAUAGGAAAGUGCGCACCACGUGCACAUUUUCCCAUUUGAGGCUGUGCCUCUGUCACAUCUUAACCACUUAACAGUACAAUUUUGGUUUAAUUUUAAUUUCUUUUACUUUAGUUAUUGCAUUAAAGCCUAUUAUCCACAUACAUGCAUACAUAUAUGCGACAUGUAUAUAUAAAUACAAAUACAGAUACAGAUUCUAUUUGUAAGUAGUUUUAAGUAAUGUAUUUAGUGGUAAUAUUAAUAACAACGUAAAGACAAAAACGAAAUAAAUGCAAACAAAUUAAAUCAAAACGAAAUAAAA